AGUCAUAAGAAUGUGCUGGGCGCAUGCGAAAAAGAAGAUACAAACAAGAGUAGAGCAAAGUGUGCAAAAGAAAUCCCAAAAAGAGAUUUUACAAGAUAUUGAUGCUUUACAGUGUGCCUCAACUCAGGAAAUAUUUGAUCGAGCCAGCGAAAAAUUUUUGAACAAGUGGAAAGCCGAAAAUGAUUUUGUUACAUACUUUGAAAACGAAUGGCUCAUACUAAAUCGUUGCUGGUAUUUGGGCGCAUCACCGGGGACUCCUGCUACAAACAAUGCUCUAGAAUCUUUCAAUAAAACAAUAAAAGAUGGUGGCACGCUUCGUGAGCGUCAUCCCUUGGCGCGGUUCUUAGUAAUUGCUUCUGAUAUAGUCAAGGACUGGUCUAAUGAAUACAUGACUAAUUCUGAGAGACGGUUCGCUGAAUUGCCGACAGUAUCUUUAAAGACGUGGACAGAAAGUUACCAAUGGGCAAAACUGUCGAAGCAGGUGCCAUUAAAGAAUAGCACUGAGCUAGUUUGCUCAUACAGAAUUCCAGCUGGGUCGGAUUUAGCUUGCAAAAAUUAUGAAAAGCCGUGGGAGACCUUUGACGAAUACAAAGAGCAACAUUUUAGCGAGUGGGAAGUUAUAAUGCCCCGAGUAAAGGAAAAUUGGUUACACGGCACAUGCAAUUGCCCAAAGUUUCUCAAAGAUUACAUUUGUAAGCAUCUCGUCGGAUUGGCGAUUCGGCUUAAGCACGUCCAGCCACCUUCAGAAGCCAGAGCUAUUCCUAUUGGCAUGAAGCGCAAAAGAGGACGACCAGCCAAAGCUAAGAAAGCAUUAAUUGUGCAGUAAAUUAUUACAGAAGACUGAUUCUUCUUAAGAUUUUUUAAAUGCUUUUAGUUUUAAGAUCUUUAUACUGUUUAUUAUUAGUUUUAAAAGGACUAAUUUUUAUGAUUGUUUCAACAAGUCAAAAAAAGGAUUAUUGAAAUUGGAGUUUUAUUUUUUAUCUUAGGUAUAGCAUCCUAGGUAUAGUAUUUUUUUCGUAGUGGAUUUUGAGACAAAACGGAAUUUAUUUACUGUGUUUGUCAAAUAUUUUUUCCCGAGGGUAAUUUACUUUAAUCGGAUAACGAGAUGUUAUUUUUUGCAUGUCAUUUUAAAUUUAAAUGUGGCCUAAUAAUUUGGUGUUUGUUAACUAUUUAUGGGGGAACAAUGAUUUUUUUUAGACUCAGUUUGCUUAAAAAGGAUAGCAAGAUGUAAAAACGUUGGUUAUAAUUUUACAUUAAAAUGCUGUUUUAA